CCCGACCCGACCCGACCCGACCCGACCCGGAGCCCCGCGCAGCCCCGCACUGUGGGCGUGGUCUCUGGGGCGUGGCUAAUCGGCAGCGUCUCCUCCCGUUGCUAGGCUACAGCGGAAGUCCCGCCCCUCGCGGUGAGCGCUGUGGGCGGCUGAAGAAGAGCCACAAUGCAGAGAGCAUCGCGGCUGAGCAGGGAGCUCGCAAUGCUGAGCGCGGAGCCGCCGCCCGGCGUCAGCUGCUGGCAGAGCGGAACGCGGCUGGAUGAACUGCGGGCACGAGCUGCAGAGACACCCUAUGAGAAAGGGAUAUUUGACCUGGAGAUCGUUGUUCCUGAAAGGUACCCAUUUGAGCCCCCGAAGAUUCGAUUUCUGACCCCUAUCUACCAUCCUAACAUCGACUCUGCUGGAAGGAUUUGUCUGGAUGUUCUUAAGUUACCACCAAAGGGUGCGUGGAGGCCCUCCUUGAACAUCUCCACGCUGCUGACCUCCAUUCAGCUGCUGAUGGCGGAGCCCAACCCCGAUGACCCCCUCAUGGCAGACGUAUCCUCAGAGUACAAGUACAACAAGCAGCUGUUCUUGAUCAAUGCCAAGGAGUGGACUGAGAAAUACGCAAGCCCACAGAAGAGGGCUUUGGAGGAGAAAACAAACCAGAAUGAAACAAAAACCACCAAUGAAUCUGUCACACAAAAAAGAAAAGGGAGCACUGUCAGCAAGAAGGAGAAGAAACCUCGCCUGGAUCCCUGAGUGACUUUUGUUCCUGAUGUGGCUGCCAGCUUUGCUUUCACUGGGUCCUUUUUUCUUUACAUGAGUAAAUAUUUUAAUAUGUAAUAGAAGCAGCCUUUAUUAUUUCUGUUUCCUAGGAGUUGGUUCGUUUGUUUGUUGAGAAAUUAUAUAAAUAAAAUAUAAAGCUUUAA